AUGUUCUGGCCGAGCUCAUCGUCGAAUUCUCGCGCCACCUUCCGGUGCGUUUGUCGUUCUCGACCCUACCGGCGAACUUCGCCCGUCGCUCCCCGCCCGAUUUUAUUCCUCUUUUCUGGCACCCCCCGCUCCGCGUUUGACCUUUCACGCACCCAUCGGACGCGCAGGCCGAAGAAGAAUGCGCCGGUCGGUUCCAAGGGCGCCGCGCUCAAGCAGCACAUCGACGCCACCCUGGGUAGCGGGAACCUGCGAGAGGCGGUGCUCCUACCCCCCGGCGAGGAUCUCAACGAGUGGCUCGCGGUGAACACCGUGGACUUUUACAACGCGAUAUCGAUGCUCUACGCCACGUUGGCCGAGUACUGCACCGAUGGAUCGUGCCCGACGAUGUGCGCGGGGCCCAAGUACGAGUACAGGUGGGCGGACGGCGUCAAGGUGAAGAAACCCAUCGCGUGCACCGCGCCGCAGUACGUGGAUUACCUGCUCUCGUGGGUGGAGUCGCAGGUGGAUGACGAGGCGCUCUUCCCGCAGGCGCAGGGCGCGGACUUCCCUUCGAACUUUCCGGACGUGGUGAGGAAGAUAUUCACCAGACUGUUCAGGGUCUACGCGCACAUAUACCACUCGCACUUCCCGCAGAUCUGCACGCUCGGGGCGGAGGCGCACCUCAACACCCUGUUCAAGCACUUCAUCUACUUCACAUCCGCGUUUGGGCUGGUGCGGCGCGAGGAGCUCGCGCCGCUCGGGGAGCUCGUGGACGGCAUCCUCGGGGUGGUGCCGUCUCACGUGAAGAUAAACAACAACGUGGGUGGCGGGGGUGGUGGCGGCGGCGGUGCGGGUGGUGGUUCGGCGGUUUGA